AAUCAGAAUAACAUGGCCUAAAGCUCAGAAAACGAACGAAAAGACCCAAACUUUUAUUGAGAUGCGAAACAAAACAAGAACCGGGGGAGAAGACAUAGAAUUAGUAGUCGAGGUCGAGCAAGAGAACGGAGACGACAUUAGUGACGACGAGUUAGAAGAAGAAUCGAAAGACGACAAUAAGCAGGUUGAAAAAUACGAAACCCCAUUCUUCCUCUCCUCGUCUUCCAUCUCCUUCAACGGUAUAGCCGCCAAGAAUCUCUUGAUAAACUCCCGACAGCACUCUUUCCCACUGCAUAUCAUCUUCUCUUCCUCUUUAAUCUCCGUCAUGACCGCGCUAUUAUCGAACCUCAGCACGUACGCCCGAUCACACCCCUCGAAAAGCCUCUCCCCCAAAGUGUCGAUAACG